GACAGGCUAUGUGAGAGGUUAGAGUCAGAGUUGCUGCAGUUUUAAUACUGCUGAAACAUGUGAAAGACACACACUCUUACUACAAUCCCAUUGGGACACCCGGUGGUGUUGGUGUCACUUUUCUACAUAACAGAGUCAAAGAGACACAUUCAAGCAGCCCUCGACAGCAUAUGCUGAAGAAAUUGAAUGUGAAUUGCAAACUUGCAAGAAACUAUUUGAAUAGGAGUUGUCCAGCAGUUUUAAAACAUGGGCAGUCUUCAAUUAGAAGAUUUUGUAGCUGGUUGGAUAGGAGGAGCUGCAAGUGUAAUUGUGGGGCAUCCUCUGGACACAGUAAAGACUCGUUUACAAGCCGGACAAGGAUAUGGAAAUACACUUAAUUGUAUCCUUACCGUGUACAGAAAUGAAAGUGUUGUCGGAUUCUUUAAAGGAAUGUCUUUCCCAUUGGCCAGCAUUGCUGUCUACAGCUCGGUGACAUUUGGUGUCUUCAGCAAUACUCAAAGAUUUAUUAGCCAGCAGCGCUAUGGAGACUCUAACCAUGCCCCGGCACUCUCGGACUUGAUUGUUGCCAGCAUGGUAGCAGGGGUUGUCUCAGUAGGAAUUGGUGGUCCUGUGGACCUGAUAAAGAUAAGACUACAGAUGCAGACACAGCCAUUAAUUAAAGCAAACAUAAACUUAAAGCACAUGGGACUUGGGUUUCCCGCAUACAGAGGCCCAAUUCACUGUGUUAGUUCAAUCCUUCGGCAGGAGGGCUUGGCCGGAAUGUACCGAGGUGCCGGCGCAAUGCUUCUGAGGGAUGUUCCUGGGUAUUGCCUAUACUUCAUCCCUUAUUCAGUUCUCUGUGGCUGGAUUACUCCCGAGGGAUGUAUAUCUCCUAGUCCCUCUUCUGUGUGGAUGGCAGGAGGUAUAGCAGGAGCAAUUUCCUGGGGGACUGCUACUCCGAUGGAUGUUGUGAAAAGUCGACUUCAAGCUGAUGGGGUUUAUUUAAACAAAUACAAAGGAGUCAUUGAUUGUAUCUCCCAGAGUUACCAUAGUGAGGGCUUAAAAGUCUUUGUUAGGGGCAUCACAGUCAACGCAGUGCGAGGAUUCCCGAUGAGUGCAGCCAUGUUUCUUGGAUAUGAACUUUCACGCAAAGCACUAAGAGGAGACCAAGCUGAGACCAAUCCUUAACAGCCAGAGUAAAGGAGCACAGAAGACUUAGAAACUAGACCCAUUAUCCUGCACCAUUAAGUCAAUGGGAGCUUUACUAUUGGCUUCAAUGAGCACAGGAUCAAGCCCCGGCAGAGGAAACGGGGACGAGCGAGCAGAACAUGCUGCCUGCUAUCCCCAUGUCUGAGCAUGCGCAUCUCUACCAGAGGAAGAAUGUCUCCACCAUCAGUCUAGUCAUGGAUCCAUGUGGCUGGAGCUACUCUUGCUGCUGGAUCCCAAUAAAACCUUCACAUUUGUUUGCCCUGCAAGAUUUCCCUAUUGUCGCCUUUAUUUCACCCUCCAAGCCUCAGUAACUGGCCAUUCCUGUAGUGCCAUUUCAGCCAAGGACGGCUGGAUAGGGUUGCUCCCAUCCCCAACGUUCUCCCAGUACUAUUCCAGGACUGGACACAGAAGACCAGCCCCUGUUCGAGAAACACUGGCCUAAAUAUUAACUCAAAGCUGGAAGCGGCAGGAGGGCACCAAAAAUUGCGCUUUCCAGCAGCUUGCACAUUAACAUGUGAUUAGCUCUGACACAUGGCAUUGCAGAGAGCAAUGUAGAUGUUCUGCCUUUAACUCUUUAUUUCUAGGGACGUUUUUUUAAUGGAAAGACGAAAAUAUAGAUCAAAAUAAACAGAACAAAAGCAAACAAUUAUUCACCUAGCUAUAUAGAGAAACAAUUUGUAAAAAGUACCGAAUGUAUCUAGAUAUUCCAUUUCAUCCUGUAGAGUAGAUGUGUGUAUCUAUUGAUUAUUUUUUGUGUAAAAAUGUGAAUAGUUGUGAUAGAAAUGAUGUAUGAACAUGCCUCAGGUCCAGUGCAUUAUAGAACUGAAUUUUAUGAGCUAAGAAAUACAAGCAGCUCAAGACUGCUUGAUAUCUGCAAUGUUAUUACAUCUGUUCACUGUGCCUUAGGGUUUCUUUUAAUGCAUCGUAUCAGUUAAGGACCUGAUUCUGCCACCUUUCUUCAUGCUGAGUAGGUGAAUAAUCCCAUUGGAAUAGGGUUGCCAGGCACUGCCGACUGGGUCAUUAAAAGUCCAGUCAGUGGCACAGCAGGGGC